CACUCAUCCUGUGCUGCAGAGCUGAUCUCUCUGAAAUAAACCAAAUCCAUGUAUGAAAUGGAGGCAAUAUAUGACAAUGUUGAAUGCGUUAAACUUGACAACCCAACACCUUCAACAAAUUACACAGGUCAGAGGAGCUCUAAGAGAAGUUUCUAUUUGGGUGUUAUUCUCUCCCUGAGCCUGCUUACGGUUUUCCUGCUGAUUGGACUUAUCACACUUAGUUUCUUCAACCAUAAUUUAGCUGGACAUGUGUCGGCGGAGGCUGAGGAGAGAGACCUUCUGAAUAAAAACAUCUCUGCUGUCAGUAAUCAACUUUCUUCCAUGACUGAGGAGCGAGACCUUCUGAAUAAAAAGUUCUCUGCAGUCAGUAACCAACUUUCUUCCAUGACUGAGGAGCGAGACCUUCUGAAUAAAAAGUUCUCUGCAGUCAGUAACCAACUUUCUUCCAUGACUGAGGAGCGAGACCUUCUGAAUAAAAAGUUCUCUGCAGUCAGUAACCAACUUUCUUCCAUGACUGAGGAGCGAGACCUUCUGAAUAAAAACAUCUCUGCUGUCAGUAACCAGCUUUCUUCAAUGAAUGAGGAGCGAGAUCUGCUGACUAAAAAACUGCUGUGCUUUUACAACCAGAGUGAGUCCUUGCGUCUCUAA